CAACCGCAGUUGACGGUUGUGCUUUCACUCGUUUUGUCCCGGUUCGGCGGAUUCAAGUUCACUCCGCAGCUUUGAUAGUCUUCAAUUACCAGAUGUUACACUCUUUUAUUAGCAAAGAAAAUGUUUAUUGCUACUGGAAGCCCUGUUAAAAUGAUGCUUAUUCACUCGGGAUUACAUUGAUCCGGGGCUAUCCCGCUGUAAUACAAAAUCCAGAGAGCUACCAGAUAUAACUACAUAAAAUGCAGUGCAUUCUGUCAGAUACUUGGUAAAGCCUGCACACGCUCUGGCUGAUGAUUUAUCCCUACCACAGGCGUGUGGUUCACAAAAAUAUUGAGACGAAAUCCUACUCAGUAUGCAAGAGCGCGCUAAACUUUUGUCUCUCGCGCAUCGUGGCACCGGCUGGCUGAUUGACGCAAUACUGAACGAUGGCAGUCCGGAAGUUUGACAGGGCCAGUGGCCAAGCGUACACCGAAAGUGUUUCUGCUCCAGCAUCAGAGUUCUCAAAUGGCCCGUCCUGGAUUCACGAGACCCCUUUUCUGCCUAUAGGCUGGGAAGAAUUGAAUGAUGAUGGGGCCCCUUCGCUGAUGCACUCCGCAAUGAGGAAACUACUCUUAGAUCAGAGAAAUAUUACCGUUCCUUUGUUUGCAAAUGUGCCUUGGAAAAUUGCUAGCUAUCUUUGGGAUUGUUUGGGUAGAAGCCAAAAAAGAACUCUGCACAUGUGGAAGUUUUUUGCCACGGUGUACCCGGACCAAUUCAGAGAAAUUGAACAGUACCGGUCGAUGAAAAUUGAAAGCCCCCGAGUUUCCAUGCGCGAGUACCUGGGAUUGGUGAAAAGCGACAGUCUGAGCUGGCGAGUCGUUCUAACGUUGGGUGCCUCGUACGCUCGAGUGCCCGAGCUUGUGGGGAUUGCUGAAAUCAAAAAUCUCGUAGCGCUGGAAGUUGCUGCCCUGGCGCGUGUUGAAAAAAUCCAGGACGAAACUAUCCCAAUGACAGCUUUAAACGACCGAAUUCUUCGAACUUGGAGUGAACUCACCCGGACCGCGGGGGCGUUUCCGCACCUUCGAGUCCUGGUGCUGCAUCGUCAAACCAGUUUAUCGAGGACGUCACUCCGCUAUUUGGAAACGUUGCCGUCCUUGAGAUCCAUUGUUGCGUUUGAAUGUCCCGGUAUUGCUUCUGCGUUUUCUCACAAAACCGAGGCGGAUGGAUGGGAGAUUAUGGCGCAGGAGCAUUCUCCAGGGGAUAACCUUUAUGACUAUUACAGAAUGAGUCUGGCCGCAGUCAACGGUCCAGAAUCCCCAACGCUAGCAGAACGCCCAAUUUUGGACUUUCGAGUUGGGCAGAAGAUUAACAAGGGGCAUUCCGCGGCCCAGUCUGUCCUGUGUUUACAGCGCACCGCAGCUUCCAGGAUAGUGAAUCCCGAGCUGCACACAAGAAAGCGCAAGGAACAGAGCUCGGAGGCUGCCUCUGGGGCCAGAAAGGCGGUGAUGAGACCGCGAGUGACAAAGAGUAUAGACGACAUGCUGAAAGACUUUUGGUGAGAUUCUGUAGAAAGAAGCAUAUCGUGCAGAAUGGGUGUCGAUGACAUCUAGUCGAAAUUCUAUAAAAGUGUCUUUAAUAGGAUACAUAUAUACGUAUGCAUACAUAGGCUGUGUGUUUACACCUUCCGAAAAGAAGAUAUUAGGCUUGUUUUAC